AUGGCGGCUAUAUGGGAGACCAUUGGCUUUUCGCUGCGAGCAUAUUCAACCCAGAACCUACGGUCCAUUGGGCCCGUUGUUCCGUCUCAGCUCCUGAUUAUCCUCUCGCCCUUAUGGCUCAAUGCCUUCGUUUACAUGGUCCUCGGCCGCAUGAUAUAUUUUUUCCUGCCGGAGAAAAGGUGCUUUGGUAUCUCGGCGAAGAAACUUACCAUGCUAUUUGUUAUUCUUGAUAUCACCGCAUUUUUAGUCCAGGGUACAGGCGGCAGUAUGCUUUCGGGAGAUGACCCAAAGACUGUAAAUCUCGGGAAGUAUAUAUAUAUGGGAGGUAUCGGUUUCCAGGAAUUCUUCAUCCUGAUUUUCUUUGCUCUUGCGGUUCGCUUUCACUAUAAGAUGAAUUACGUUGAAACCAUUCACCCACCAGCCUACCGAUGGCGCCCGCUUCUCUAUACCGUGUACGCCGGUCUCGUCUUAAUCACCAUCCGCGUCAUUUACCGACUCUGUGAAUACUCUCAGGGAGUGGACACUCCGCUCUCCAAAAGCGAAACAGCGUUCUACGUCCUCGACGCAGCAACCAUGGCCGUCGCCAUAUUCCUCUUCAGCAUCUUUCAUCCAGGGCGAUUCCUCGUCGGCCCGGACAGUGAGUUUCCGAAAAAGCAGAAAAAAUCGAAAGCAAACAGAAACAGGGACGAUACGAAGUCGGAAAGCAGGAGGAGUAAGAGGUGGGUUCGACGGAGAACAGAAAAAAAUGAUGUGGAGUUGAGUACAGAAGCUGAGCAGUUCGCGGCGCAGGAGCUCGGGCAGCAUGAGUUGUUAGAGAGACCAUCGCCUGGGUCAGCACCGGGGCAAAACUGGGGCUACAGAUAA